CUAAUAGAGUUUUUGUGGUCGCCAUUUUGCGUUGUGGUGCGCGUUGGACUUUUUUGUGUUGGUGCUCCGAUUUCUGCAAUUUAGCGUCAAAAUAUGGGCAGAAAAAAGAAGAAGCCAGCAAAGCCUUGGUGCUGGUACUGCAACCGCGAAUUUGACGACGAGAAAAUUCUCAUACAACAUCAGAAAGCGAAACACUUCAAAUGUCAUAUUUGCCACAAAAAACUCUACACGGGCCCAGGGUUGGCGAUUCAUUGUAUGCAGGUUCACAAGGAGACUAUGGACAAGGUUCCGAAUGCGUUACCUAACAAAAACAGUGUAGAUAUAGAGAUUUAUGGAAUGGAAGGUAUUCCGGAAGAAGACAUCAGGGAACAUGAGAGGCAGAAACAAGACAGAGGCGGUUCCGGCGACGAAGACGACGAACCAGCAAAGGCAGCACCAAAGCCUCCUGCCAUGCCAGCCAUGCCCAUGCCCGGCGCCAUGCCGGCGGGUAUGCCCGGGAUGCCGCCGAUGCCGAUGGGACCAAUGCCUGGAAUGCCCUUCGGACCGGGCAUGCCCCCCAUGCAUAUGGGACCAAUGGGCCAUAUGGGACAUAUGGGAAUGGCUCCUCCAUUCAUGAGCCACGGCCCAAUGCCCCCUGGGAUGCACAUGAUGGGGGGAAUGAUGCCCCCCCAGGGACCAGCCAUGCCGGGGGCACCACCCAGGGCGACCAUCUCGGCACCACCGACGCCACCUGCAAAGCCUCUGUUUCCUGCAGCGCAAGCCGUCGCUGCGUCAACGAGCGGGCAGACGACGGGGUCGCCGUCGGCUGUCAAACCAACAUUCCCCGCUUACAGCACGGCGUCCACGACCCCGACGAGUACGUCGUCCCCUGCCGAUACAGCAGCCGGAUCGUCGGGCAACAAAGCCGUGGUUUCGGCACCACCGGACAUCAAGAAACCGAACCUCAUCGCCACGACUGGGGCCAGCAGCAAGAUUAUACAUCCCGAGGAAGACAUAUCCCUUGAAGAACGUCGUCUCCGGCUAUCGCAGUACAAGGCGUUCGUGGCAGCCGAGGCUUCUCCUGUACCACCGUCGUCUGUGCCUACGUCUUCGGCUGCGACUUCCAUGCCGGCUAGCAGUAUGGCGAUGGCAGCGAAAGGCAUGGCGCCUCCCAUGAACGGAGGAAUGGUGCGACCGCCCAUGGGCAUGCCUCCAGGUAUGGCUCCGGUGAUGCCCCCUGCACCCUUUCCACAUCCCGGAGCCCCUCCGCAGAUGGGAUACCCACCACGGGGUGCCGGUGGACCCCCACUCAUCCCACCGCCCAUGAUGCAGAGGCCCUUCUGAGGCACCGACGGCCACCCAAAACGGCGGGACAUUAAAAAGAACAAACAACCGUGCCGACACAACACAGAUAAGUGUCGUUGUAACCACUCCGUUGAAUCUACGGUCGUCAUGACGAUGUGGGGCGGUCAGUGUCCCUUCAUCUUUGUUUUACAUUUUCUUGUUGUGAAUACAAAGAGGACUUUGGAGCUGCAGCGGCAAGAAAACGUUUGUUUCGUUUUUCUGUUAGUUUGUAUCAAAGUUAAUGGGGGGGUACUAGAACAGUUCACAGCACAAACAUUAGGCAUAAACAUUUUAGAUAAACUUUUUCACCGUAAGACCAGCCUUUCACGAGUUUUGCGGGCAGGAGGUUGUCUUUGAGGUGGUUUCCUGCAUGGGUUGCAGUGCGUGUGAUUGGAUCUGACUGGCGUCGCAUCGUAAGAUUGCAGCCAGAUGAAGACGCUGAAGAAUAAGACCCUGCGAUUAGAGUGCUUAACACAUCAAAGAGCCAAUACCGUGUAGUAUGCCUUCAUGUAACACUUCAUAUAAGCUCAGUGUUGCUCAUGUGCUCAUGCCAUUGCAGCCAAGUAAAGCUGCAAAAGAAAUUGUUCUCCAUGCCUGAACAUCGUUUUGCAUUUGCACAACCAAAUAUUUGAUUAAUGUCACAUUUUUUAAGAAUCAUGGUAUCACGUCAAUUAGCAGUGGGAUAGGAAAGUGAAAUGUUCGCGAGGCAAUGCUACAGAAAUGUGUGCGCCUAUCACGCGCUAAAUGAUCUUAAUUUCAUUAUCUUUCCCCCAUUCUGACUGUUUGUUUUUGUAUAUAGCUGUUGCAAUGAAAGCCGCCAAACGAAUUCUAGAGGCGCUAGGAGCGUGUUUACUGUACGUCAAAAUCCAACUUAUAUACUACUAUCUGAUCCAGUAAGAAUAGAGCUUGCACAAAACAUUGCUGAUGGACUAGAGAAGCUCUAGUGCGAUCCUGAGAGCAGGCAAUUUCAUGUUCUCGGCCCAUGCACGAGCAUUCACGAUUAUUUCAUUUUUGCUCAAGUCACUUUCUGUACUUGACCGUGUUCACUGCUAGCUAGUACAACAUAAGUCAGCAGCGAGGAAAAAUAGUAAGUGUUAAACAAGGUACUGUACUUUUUCACUUCUGAGCCGUGUGGAUGCUUGCAAAUGAAGGACUCUUUUGAGAUUUUGUUGUUGUCCACGCUUUACGUUUUGUGGGCCAAGGUAAGAAGUUAGGUAGGUGCAUCUCAUUCCUUACUCUGUCAAGGGUGGAAACUGGAACACUGUCCGCCGCAAAAUUUGUGUUGUGUUUUAUGAGCUUGUUCUCAAUAAAACGCUGUAUGUUUGUCAUCAA